UGUGAGCAAUGGCAAAACACAGGUAAGGCUCUGUGCGCCAUGACAACGGGCAAGGAGUUCUUGGAUUCUUACGAGAGAAUUAAACUCUCUUAUGAAGCAGCCGUGACUCAGGUGGACAUUGCUCUGCGCCACAACAAAAUGGAGUCGGAGGAGGAUUCUGUCGCUGCCUGUGAGAAGGCGCUGCUGGUGAUUGAGGAGACAUUUGCCAUACCCGUUGGGCUGCCAGAUAACAUUGAUGCAGUGCAGCAGCAGUGGAACGAUGCUUGUGCAAUUAUACAGAAGCUAAAGAGCGCCAAGAUGGAUCUGAGCUAUCGAUUAAAGGUUUUGAAAAGCAGCCAGCUUCCCAUCGAUGACACCGCUGCAGAUGCGCAAAAACACGAACAGUUGGAUGGAGCAUCCACGAGCAAGCGCCCUUUGCUCGUUAACAACCAACAAAUUUUCUAUGACAGACUUAAUGCGGGAGAAAGGCCGAGGACUUAUAAGGAGCUGGCGACCGGCUUACGUGAGCUGUUAGCCAGCCACGAAUCUCAGGCGCAGCUGGACGAGCUGUUUCAGGCACGAGUCAAGCUCUACAGGAUCGAGUCCAGCGGUCAAGUGACCACGCUAACAGGCAGCUCGAAAAUGUCGCUAAUCAUGUGCUCCGUGGUCGGCAAAUGGGCAUAUUUGAAUGGCAGCUAUUUCAUACAGUGCGACAUGCCGCGGGAAGCGGAUAAUAAGGAGGCGGGCACGCCCAUAUGGCUGUAUCCGCUGAUUCCCAAUGUCACCAACUGCUAUUGCACGGAGUACGGUGCUUUCAUAUUGCCGGACAUGGAGGUCGAGCAGGCAGGAAAUGCAUUUGGCCUAAUGCUGGCUAAGCCACAGUGUCCGCUGAGCACCAAUGCUGGAGAAUCUGAGGAGGAGCAGAUGGCGGACUUGCAGCAGUUCUUCGUAGACCUGCUCGAGGCCGUAUUAGCGGACACUGUGGAGCUGUUGCCGUCGCCGCGCAGCCAACGUGCUGCGUCCACUGCCCCCGAGCAGGUGUCCAAGCACAUUGUCUGCGCAGCGGAUUUCAUAGCGCGCAAUCUGGUGAAGGGAGCCGAGAAGACGGGCGGAUAUAUGUUUAGGGCUACGCCGUAUCUCAUGUCAAAAAUGAAGCCAGCGGCAGCCGAUGAGGCGGCUCAAGUGCCCAGUUCGGUACAGACCGGUGUGGAGGUGACACAGAAAGUGACUCGGGCAGCUGCAGGCCUGACCGGCUGGAUCGCCGGUAAGGUGGGAACAGCUGCUGUUGCAGUCGGCGGAUACCUAGCGCCACAUGUCCAGACCCAAGGGUCGAAGCUCUUGCAGAAGGGCUUCGGCUACGACAGCAUCAAUGCGGACAGCACAAUGGAAGGCGCCAUAACCAUUGCAGCGGGCGCUGUCGAGGGCUUUACCACAGUGUUCGACGGAUUUGAAAAGUCGGCCAAGAUCUUGGGCAACAGCUUGAGUGAGAAUUCCGUAAAAAUUAUUGAACACAAAUACGGCAGCUCGGCUGGAAACCUGGCCAGCGAGACUUUCGAUACGGUGGGCAACGCCUUCGUCAUUAGCCAAAAUGUUAACUAUAUAACGCCCAAAGGUCUGGCCAAGAAGUUGGUUAAGAAAACGGGCGAAGCUGUUGUUGUGGAUUUGCGUCGUCCAGAAUCUCAUUACAUUAACGCGGGCGCAUUGUAUCCCAAUUUAAGAGCACUGAAGGAGUAAAAGGUCCUAAUGAAGGAUUGAUCUUUAUCUCAGUUAGUUAAGUCCAAAAUAGG